UUCUGCGAUGAGCAGUCCAGAGAGAGAGAGAGAGAGAGAGAGAGAGAGAGAAUUUGAUGCAAGUGUUCUGCGUGUUCGUUAGAUACUUGAACUUGCGAUAUCCUUGUGUAUUGAAAGCUAUCGAUGGAUUGUUCAUUAGAUACUUGAACUUGUGAUAUCCUUAGACAGUCGAAAGCCAUCGAUGGGUUGUCUUCAUUACUCUGGGCAAUCCGUGGCAUAAUAAUCGCACCCUGCUGCGACUGCCGCAUGCAGGCCUGCAACACUCAGUAGCAAUCAGGUUUUUUGGAUUCUCUCUGGGGAUUCAAAAAAGCAACUGGGUACUGCAGAGAUAUUUUUCUUUUUGUAUCGCACUUGAGUUGCAAUUUUCUAUGAGGUGGGCUGUUCGUCGUAGAGGAUGCUUAAUUGAAGCUCUGCACUGUCCAAUUUACUAGAACGCUCUUGAAACAUCUCAUCCAGUCGAGUCAUGUGAUGAGGUGUUCUUCCUUGCCCUGCGUAAUUCUUGCGAGCACCUCGUUGCCGUUUCUUGAUAAGUAUCACAGGUGUCAAGGAACUGCUUUGAGAGGCAUUAGGCGAAUGCUUUUUUUAAAGACGUGUUUGCGUGUCUGUCGCACAGCGUGACCAUCGUUAGAAAAAGACCAAUGGAAGGAAACAAGUGGUCUCUAUGGCUGCCUUCUGCUAUUUUAUUCCAAAUUGUGUCGGUUAUCCUCACGGCCGUUUACGUCCAUGGCGCAUCUGUGCCUGCUCUCUAUGUUUUCGGUGAUUCCACUGUGGAUUGUGGCACCAACAACUAUAUCAACACAACGCAAGCUUUUAGGGGCAACUUUCCGCCAUAUGGAAAAGAUUUCUUCAAGAACCCGACAGGCAGAUUUUCAAAUGGCCGCGUGAUUGUGGACUUCAUUGUCGAAUAUGCAGGGAAGCCCUUGAUUCCUCCGUUUCUGGAGCCAAAUGCGGACCUUUCCCAUGGAGCUAACUUUGGAUCUGGAGGAGCUGGAGUCUUGGUGGAAACCAACGAAGGCCAUGUGGUAGACUUGCAGACACAGCUACGCCAAUUUCUGCACCACAAGGCGGAAGUAACAGAAAAGAGUGGCCAAGCUUUUGCGGAGGAGCUGUUCUCUGACGCAGUAUACAUUGUCAGCAUUGGUAGCAACGACUACCUCGGAGGCUACUUCGGCAACCCCAAGCAGCAGGAGAAAUAUACUCCGGAGCAGUUCGUGAGAGCUGUUGCAACAAGCAUUGUAGAGAGCAUCAAGAUCUUGUACAGCUCAGGGGCCAGAAAGAUUGUGGUAUUCGACCUCGGCCCCAUGGGCUGUCUUCCAGCCCUCCGGGAUCUGGAAGAGACCCGAAGCUGCUCAGCCCCUGUGUCUGCCGUGGCUGCUGCCCACAAUGAUGCUGUUAAAGGAGCUCUGAGCCAACUUGGACAGUUCUUGCCGGGGUUAACAAUAGUUACCACUAAUUUCUAUAAAUUCUUCUCGGAGAGGCUAGAAAACCCAUCACAGUAUGGUUACGUGAGCGUAGAUGAACCCUGCUGCGGGGCAGGGCCCUGUGAAGGUCGGUGUGGGGUUCACGAGGGUCACCCCUCAAAGCCAGAAUGCCAGCAUUGCUCCGACGCCAACACCUAUGUUUGGUGGGAUCCAUACCACCCUUCGGAGACUGUCCAUCACCAGUUUGCCCAGACGGUGUGGAAUGGUACAUCGCCAUACAUUGAACCUGUUGCCAUGCUGCAUCUGUUCAAACAGAAGGCAGAAGCUCAUGGGAAUUACGCAGAUAAACUCGAUCUGUUCGUCGGUGAUCCGCUGCAACAGCUAGUGUCUGAAUCCAUGCUCAUGACUUAGUACAAAUGCAGAGUUCGAUUUGCUGUUCGAAUCAAAUCCAUGCACGGUGAGGUCUUUCCUUUUUAAAGUUCUGAGACUCGUAUCAAAUAUGGUAGAAUUCGAACUAGCAAGAGGAUAAUUUCUAAAACAUUUGCUUGUCUUAGCUUCCGAAUUUGGGGUUUGCUGUGAGAUGGUGGAUACCGUGAGGCUGAACCUUUGAUUUGUAUGUUUUUGAGAGGACUAGGUAAUGUUUGAGGAUGGAUGUCUGCACAUUUGUCUCGUCUUUGAGUAUUUUGAGAGGAUCUGAAGUAUACUGGAAAUCAGACAUACUUCCUUAAUUGGUCGAAAAACUUCAGAACAAGAAUUGCAGGAUGUAAGUGAGAAUCUGGAAGAGAAAAGAGUUGAAAGGAAACUCAGAAAAAGAUUGCAGAUCUA